AACUAAAUAAAACUAAACUAUAAUUAAAAAAAAUUCAAAACUAUUAUAACCUUGGUAAGAGAACAGUUUCUACCCUGACACACCGUUAUGUUGUUUUAACUCCAUCUGACCUGUGAGGAUGGAAGUACACGUGGUGUUUUUGCGUCUCAAAAAGCAGCUUGUUUUCUUCCAUCCUUUCCAUCCUCUGCUCCACACUCCUGCCGUCUCCUACUGUAAGACGAACUCUACCACAUAAAUCGAUUGGUCUUGCAGAAAAGUCACUCCCACUACCACUUCCUCUUGAUUCCUCACAGGGUAAAACAGGCCCUGAAGGGAAUCCGGGAAAACGGGGGGAGCGAGGACCUCCUGGAGUGCCAGGUUUACCGAUGCUGUACCUGUGGAAGAACACAGUGGAGGAGUGGGCCGCCUUCCAGCAAACCAAUUUCUACCAGUUACUCCGAGCCGGCUGGCCUAGUAAAGAAGGCCCACUAGGACCACCUGGAGAAAUGGGCAAGCCCGGCCUGCAGGGACUGGCUGGAGAGCCUGGAGACAGAGGACUACCGGGGAUCCCAGGGGAGAUGGGCGAGCAGGGUCCAAGGGGCCCCCCAGGACGACCGGGGCCCCCGGGGAGAGACGGAGAAAAACGGAGAGGACGGUCAGCCCGGGGUCCGUGGGGCUACAGAGGAGAACGAGGGUCCAAAGGGGAAAAAGGGGAUGAGGUCCGACUAACCACCAAAGAGCGGUCUGAUUGGGAUCAAGGGUCCAAGGGAGAAGCUGGGGAUCCUGGUGAGAAGGGUUCUGCUGGUUUACCGGGCCCUCCUGGUCCUGUUGGUCCACCGGGGCCUCAGGGGAUCCGAGGAGGGUACGGCCCUGAGGGACCCCGUGGACCUGAUGGGGAGAAUGGACUGGACGGUCGACCGGGUCUACCAGGGCUGCCAGGGGCACCAGGGGCCACGGGAAGAGUCGGUGCCCAAGGAGUUAACGGUUCAAGGGGGGACAUGGGCCCUGUCGGCAGCGUCGGCCCCAAAGGCCCACAGGGGCCUCCAGGUUUAGAGGGCCAGAUGGGACCUCCAGGACUCAGAGGGCCCCAGGGACAUCCAGGACUGAGUGGGGCCCCCGGACCUAAAGGAGAUCCUGGGCCGGCGGGGCCUUCUGGUCUCCGGGGGGAUCCUGGCUUUGAGGGGCCCAUGGGUGCACCAGGCAAACAUGGUCCUGUGGGUUUCCCUGGAGUACCGGGACACCGAGGACCAGACGGGGACAAAGGAGAACCAGGUCCUAAAGGCGAUAAGGGUACCGAGGGGCCGGCAGGGAUCAGCGGACCCCAGGGGGAGAGGGGCCCCAGUGGAUUCCCAGGUUUCCCAGGGGCCAAGGGCCACCCUGGUUCUAAAGGCCACGAGGGUUCCAACGGAGAAACUGGGCCUCAGGGAAAACAGGGCAGCCCGGGGUUAAAGGGGAACAGGGGAUUGGACGGACGCAACGGAAAACCAGGACCCAGAGGAAACAAGGGUCGGACCGGACAGAGGGGUCACACUGGCCAACCAGGCCCACCGGGUUUACCUGGGCCUCCUGGACCAGGGGGAGCAGAAGGAAAGCCUGGUACACAGGGUCCUCAGGGUGCAGCCGGUAGUGUCGGCGGUAAAGGCCCGACGGGUCUUCAGGGCAUCGCAGGGGAGCAAGGACCAGAUGGAGCACCAGGAUCCACGGGACCCACGGGGAAACCAGGACCUCCAGGUUCACCAGGACCCCCAGGAGAACCUGGUUUCAUGGGGAAACCAGGAGCAGAGGGACCUCAGGGCCAUGUAGGCAUGUAUGGCAUCCAGGGGAAUGUGGGAGCGCGUGGGCCUCCAGGUCCUGCUGGAGAACGGGGCGAGCAGGGCGUCCGAGGUUUACCCGGACCUCCAGGGAAGCCAGGGCCUCCAGGUCUGCCAGGUCAUCAGGGAGAAAAAGGACAGCAGGGACCUCAGGGUCGACCUGGAGACGAAGGACUGCGGGGGAUUGAGGGUCCGUCGGGUCCUCCAGGUCUCCCAGGUGUAGAUGGGGCUGUAGGAAAACCAGGACCCAGAGGAAGCAAAGGGCCCCCGGGACCCCAGGGGCCACAGGGGCCAGCGGGAAUCCCAGGGCUUCAGGGGUCUGAUGGAUUAUCAGGACCAACUGGGGACAGAGGACACCAGGGUUUACCUGGAGUUCCUGGAGAUGCUGGACCCACGGGACAAGAUGGAGAACAGGGUCUCCCCGGUCAAACAGGUUUGGAGGGCCCGCCUGGUCCGAAAGGAGAGCAGGGGGACCUAGGGCCUUGUGGGAAACCUGGUCCUCCAGGGACCCCAGGAGAGAGGGGACAGGAAGGCCUCAAAGGACAACAGGGACGUCCUGGACAUUUUGGUAAAGAGGGUGACGUUGGGGUUCCAGGUGACGUUGGAGAUCCAGGACCUAAAGGAGAGAAGGGGGAGGUGGGACCCCCCGGUUUGUCUGGACGAGAGGGGCCGUGGGGACCCCUGGGAGGAAACGGAGAGAGGGGCCCGAAGGGAGAGAAGGGUCACAUGGGACUCAUGGGUGAACCUGGGCUGAUGGGUGAGGUGGGUCCUGCAGGUCUACCAGGGUUACAGGGGAUCACAGGACCUCAUGGACCCCCAGGACCAGAUGGACCUCAAGGACAGAAGGGGGAGUCUGGGUCUGCGGGCAUCACCGGACCACCUGGGUUAGGAGGCCUUCAGGGAAACACUGGAGCACGAGGUGCAAGAGGAGAAACAGGGAAACUGGGACCACAUGGUCCAGUAGGUCAGUCUGGACCUCAGGGAGACCAGGGAGCUAAAGGGGAACCAGGACCACAGGGACUGAAAGGGGAACCAGGACCCCCGGGCCCACCUGGGGAACAGGGUGAAGAUGGUCCACCAGGUAUCCAGGGUCCUCCUGCUCUACCAGGCCUGGAGGGACCUCCUGGUGAAAUCGGACCUCAGGGCCCCCCAGGUCCCACAGGGGCCCCUGGAGCACAGGGAAGACCAGGACCAGAGGGGAAACCAGGUCUGAAAGGGGACAAGGGGGAUGAUGGAAUGGAUGGAUCAGCGGGGAGGCUGGGUCAUGUUGGACGGAGGGGGAAACGAGGGAAGGCAGGGGUCCGAGGGACCCGUGGAGACCGAGGACCAAAGGGACUAAAGGGAGACACCGGAUUGGUCGGCCUUCCCGGGUGGCCAGGGCUCAUCGGAAUCCCGGGGCUGCGAGGAGAGCUGGGAGAUCAGGGCGAAAAGGGUAAACAGGGUGAGAAAGGAGACAUGGGACCACCUGGACCACCUGGCACCGAUGGCAGUAAGGGUAUCCGUGGUCCUGCUGGUCUACCAGGUCCAGUGGGAGCAAAAGGAGAUCAGGGAAAUAUCGGACUACCAGGGGCCAGAGGUUCUGCAGGGAUGCCCGGACUACCUGGUUUGUUUGGAUUCAAGGGUGUGAAAGGUUACCCAGGUCUACCCGGUCUACCAGGGAGGAGGGGCUACCCGGGACCACCGGGGCUUCCUGGACCUCCAGGAAAAUCUCUAAACAUCACUUUGACUCAACUAAAGGAUCUGCUCUACGUGUCGGAUAAGCCCAACUACUCUCUGCUCCAGACGAUGCUAGACUCGCUGCAGCAGGAGCUUCGUCUGCUGGUCGAUCCUCCUGACGGCAGCAAAGAGCAUCCGGCCACCACCUGCAUGGAGCUGUGGCUGUGCCACCCGGAAUACAGCAGCGGAAUGUAUUACAUCGACCCCAACCAGGGCAGCCCGGCCGACGCUCUGCUGGCGUACUGCAGCUUCACGGACACUUUACAACAGACCUGCCUUCAUCCUGGAGACACUCAGUUGCCCAUAAAAGCCUGGAUGGAAGAGUUUUCAGAGGAAGGGUCUUUCCAGUGGCUCAGCCGACUGAAGGAGGGUUUUCAGUUUUCCUACCCAGGAGCCACUGUGGUCCAGAUGCGUUUCCUCAGGUUACAAAGUACGACCGCCGUCCAGAAGCUGACCUACAGCUGCCACCCGGGACACCGACUGGGCCACGCCCACAGAGACGUCAAGUUCCUGGCCGACACCAGGAAGCAAAGUUACCUGGGAGCGGUGACAGACUGUGUGACCGCAGAGGAGGCGGAGUCUGAGCAGCGGGAGUCGGUGUUUGAGUUUGAGGACCUUCACCUGCUUCCUCUGAGAGACGUGGCGCUGAUGGGAGGGGGGAACGCCACCCACCGUUUGGGCUUCACAGUGGGACCGGUGUGUUUCAGCUAGACCCACCUGAGACCCCCAGAAGGACCCACAUAAAAAAGACCUGGACAGCCCCAGGACACAUGGAACCCCCACCCCCAUCAGAGGAGGGCGCUGCUCCUCCCUCCUGUUGGGUGGAUGUUGGAUUUCAUCUCAAUCUGAGUGACUCCGUACGAAUUAAAGAGUCGACGAGAGCUGGAGUUUCUCCGUGGAGACGUCCGUUUUGUUUACAGAGACUUUCACUUCCUUGUAUUGAAUAAUUUAAACUGUAUGUUUUGUUUAGCUUUUAUUUACUGUGUCUUUUAUAUCUUUUUGGUUCUGUUUUGCCUUCCCGGCCUCCCUGUUGUGUAUAUAAAAGUCCUUCUGACCUCGAAACAAUGUGUUCUUUUCGGGGACACGGCAACUGUGGCCCCCCCUGGUGGAAGUGACGGGGCCGGGGAGGACCAGUACUGUACGUCAACACACACUUCUGUCAAGGUGCUAGUGAUGGUUUAUCUGAAAACCCCACCUUUAUUUCAUCUCAGACAUUAACAGGAAACAUAAUCCCUUGAAUACACUUGAUGCCGGUUGUUGCUAUGACGACACCAAACCUUCCUAUCUUUCACAUGUUCUUAUAUGUAUGUUUUUCACAUCUCAGGUAUGAUAUUAUUAUUAUUAUUAUUAUUUUAUACACGUGGGCGCUGAAGCUGCUGUUUCCACAGGGUUGUAGUUUGGUAUGAAAGGAGAAACGGAACAAUAGCCUCAUAGCAUAAGUCAUACACUAUGUGGACAAAAGUGUGUGGACACGUUGAAUUCAGGUGUUUCUUUUCUAAUAGGGGUCUGGGAUACAAAACAAUGAUGAUAAAUGUCAGAAUAUAGUUUUAUAUCAUGGGAUACAUAUCAUUGUAUUUGUUAGUUUGGUUUAAAUUGUUAUCUUUGUUUCCAAAAUGCCUCAGAGAGUGUUUUGACUUAAUUUCUCUAAACAUUGAUUUUGUUUUUAUUUUUUAUCCAUGACUAUGAUUUUAAA